GAGAGCUUUGGAUCUGUUUCGUAGUUAAGCGCAAUUGACAGUUUUCAUGCCCUUAAAUCUACUUACAUAAAAACAUUAUUGGCGAAACCGUGUGUUCUUCACAAGUGAAAAGAGGGGAGAACAAGGGAGAUUGUUCAACCCACAUUAGCGCCACAGAGCUUUACACAGUGCAGACGCCGAGCGUCUCCUGACUUCACUGGGGAGGCAUAGAGUGGGUUGUCCCACUGCAGCGAAACUAGACGGUCAUUGGAUAAAUGCUGGGCUUUGUCCCGCCCAUCGGACGCUCAGCGUCUCUGGGGGUCUAUGCGACAGUGGGCUGGCCCGGACGCUCGGCUUCUGCAUGAUGAUUGGAUGAUCUGUCUGAGGCUGAGUCCCUUUUUGAUUGACAGCGAAAUUAGCGAAUCAGCGAUCUUGAAGUAUAAGCAUCCACCGGAAAAUUUUUCAAGUUUUUCAUUCCGUUGUUCGGAGUUGAUCUGGAGACGUUACUGAUCCUCAGCGACUUUGUCUUUGUUAAAAAUGACUAGCGUUGUGUUUGGCGACUCUCUUCUGUCACUCUGCGAAUUUACAUUUAAAUAAACGGACACAUUUUAUGAUGUAGGCCGAAAAUGAGCUUCCCCUCCUUAUAAGACCAGCAGCCACCACUGAUGUAGACGCCGCAUUGGCCGCUGGAUCGUACGUCAACGUCGCCUACAUAUUGGUCUAGGCAUGGUGAAACUACAAUGGGCUACAACGGAUCUUCAUCAAUGCUGAUUGGACAGAUAUCCAACUAGGAUGUCGAUACAAACUAAUGUGGUCCAGAUGUGUUGGAGAAAGGAAGACAUAGAAGAUCAAGAAGAUCACUGAGGAUGGAAGACGGGGACACCAGCAGUCUGAAGAACAAUAAAAAGAUGGAUGCCAAUACAAUUUGGCAGUGGCGUAUUACACAUGUAAAGAAGUACUCAAGGCAUCCAGAACCAUUCCAUUACAGCAGAAAAAUGGGAUUAGAUUUUAAUGUUGGAUCAAUCACACACAAGAAAUUGGAUUUACAUUCAGUGACAAAUGGUGUCGUACUGGAAGUCUGUGACUUUGCAGAAACAGUUUGCAAAACUAAAUGGUAUUUUAUCACAAACAUUCUGGAGAACAAUUUCGAUCUUGGAUUGAAAAGUGAGCAACAGCGGAUUGAGUUUACUUCUCAACUUCUGCACAAAGUCAGAGACUUGAUCCAAAAACCUCCUGAAGAUAAACAUGAAGCUUUUACUCUCUUUGACACGUCAUCUGAGCCAGAAUGUAGCAGCAACAGCAAAAGUGGACUUAACAUGGGAUCUACAGAAUAUAAGACUGACUGGUUCCUGGUGGACAUGGAUGGUAUGGAUGAAAGUGAACAUGAAGAUAAAUUGAAGUGUUCACGAGCACCAUCUAAAGACUAUAUGAAGAUGGAAGAGAUGGAUGGACCACAUGCUGAUGACAGUGAUAAUGUUGAUGAAUUAGAGUGUUCAGAGCCUCAGUCAACAGACGAACCGAAAGAGGAUGUUGUUCCUCUCUCAUUCCCUUGUUGUGCAGAAAUUGGUUUGAGCCUUGAUGUUUGGUCAAAACAAAGUCUAGAUCCAGGUUUACUGACAAAGGGCAUGAUGUUAGAACUAGUACAGUUCACUAGAGCACUGACUGCAUCCUACAGAUCUAUUGUUUUCAGUGUGUUGGAGCACAAUUUUGAGCUUGAUCUUAAAAGUCAACAGGAAAAAAAUCAAGUGUGGUUCAAGGUAUUAGAUAUGCUGAAAAGGAGAGAGCGACUUAUCACUGAUUUUAAAAGUGAGCCAUAUUCCUUACAGAAAUAUCCCUAUGACAAAGUAUCAGCUCUGUCCAGUGUGGAAGCCUCACUAUAUCAAUAUAAAGACAUGAGCAAAAGAAGACAGUUCGAUUUACAAAGUAAAUGUGAAAAAAGAGCUCUUUCAAUAACAAGAGAACAUGUUGCCAAGCGAUGCAGAACAGAACAGGCUGAACAGGAAGAGACAAACACACUGUUUCAUCACACUGAUUUGUGUAACAGUCAAACAGCGGAGGAUGACCACAGCUACAUGUGUCCUUUAGACUCAGAUUCAGAAAAUGAUGAAAACAGAGAUGACUUACAAGACCCACCAAGUUCUGACAUCAAUAGUGAAUCAGAGUCAAGCUGCGAGGGUAAAAAUGAACCUUUUCUCUCCACCACUGAUGGUUCCUCCAGUUUACCAAUUGUAAUCUCAAAUGUGAACCCAACAUUUGCAAGUCAGCCUGAUGAAAGAGGAUUGUGUGGAGUUAAAGAAGAGACAAAGAUGUCAAGAAAUCUGAAAUACAAAUGUGACAUGAGGGAAGAGGAAAUGGAAACAGAGAGCAACAUGUGGAAGUUGCGUGUGAACCGUGUAAAACAAAUCCUUUUCUUACUGGACAAAGAGUACUGUGCACUCAACUGGUGCAAGAAAGCUGGCCUAGAAUUUAAUGUUGGAUUUCGCCCAAGGAAAACCUUAAAGGUUGGCUCUUUGAUUAAUUCUGUUCUGCUUGAAGUUGCUAAAUUUGCCUUAGCAAUUAAUUCAUCCCAGCAGGAUUUCAUCAUGGAGAUUCUUGAUUACAACUUUGACUUUGGCAAGCAGAGCAAAUAUCAUAGGAAAACCUUUGCAUGUGAAGUUAUGAAUAAAGUAAGACUGCUUAAAAAUAGUGAAGAUCCCGGUUCCAUGUCAUCAGUUAACAUGGCCAAUCAGAGCAUGGGUAGUGUCAACCCUGAAGUCAGCAGCAUAUCGAGAACAACUGAGUGUGAUGUUGCUCCAAUAUGUCCGCCUGAUUCACACACUGAAACUAAAGAACAGAGGGUGGAUCUUUAUCCCUUCUGCAAGGACAUUGGUCUGAAGCUAAAUGUAAUCUCCAGUCAACCACAUAAAAAAAUGAAGAUCAACAAAUUGACCUUUGGGGCAAUGACUGAAGUGACAAACUUUGCAAAAAAGUUGUGUGGAACAUUUGAUCAGAUUUGUCUUGAUAUCAUCGGACACAACUUUGAUCUUGACUCGCAAAAUGGAGACUCUGAUGUUGGUAAAACAAUUCUCGCUCGAAUUCCAGUCAUAGUGGAACAGAAACAUCUGACAAAUGCAGUAGGCUUCAACAGGAUAAAACGCACAAUGAAAGAUUUGCCAGCAAUGGUGAUGGAUUGCCGGAACAACCCAAAUUUAGAUACAUGUAGUACUGGCUCUUCCCAGGUUCCAGUUAUAGACCAAAAUGUAGGGAGUUCAACUGAUGGUGAACAAGAAAAUGAGCUCGAUUUAAUGUUGUGGAAAUUGCGGGCUAAUCAAAUUCAACAGAUCCUCUCAGUGCCUCAUGGAGAACAUUGCCUAUUUUAUCCUUAUUCCAGAUGCAAGAAAUUAGGCAUUGAUUUCGAUGUGGGAUCUGGAGUAAAACAAAAUCUUGAUCCAAAAUUACUGACCAAUGGCAUCAUGGUUGAAAUGAACUGUUUUGCUACAUCACUGCAAUCAGCCCAGAGGGAUUUCAUCACAGAGAUUCUGGAGUACAAUUUUAAUCUGAAUUUGAAAAAUGAGCAUUGUCGCAGUGUUUUUGCACAGCAAGUGGAGAGAAUGACUAAUAGAUCUUUAAAACUUUUAAAACCCAAAUUCCAGAAAAUGCACUUUGAGCUCCCUGACUUAAAGGAAAUGCAAAAUUCUUCUUAUCCAAAAACUAAAUAUUGCCCUAAGUGUUAUCAAGACAGAAAUUUUAAGCUUCAUCAGGGUGAAUCUUACCCUGACCAUGUGCGUCGUCCUCAUUCACAUGACAUGACUGAAAGAGCCAACAAGGAUCUGUCUUCUACUUUCCAAGCAGCAGAGGAAACAAUAAUGGACAGUUACCUGCUCUGCAAGAAAAUAGGUCUAAGCCUAUGUGUGGACAAAGACAAACCAAAAAGAAAACUCAACCUCUGUGUACUGACACGUGGUAUUAUGAAGGAAGUGUCUCAUUUUAUCAAAAGAUUGUGUGGAACAAAAAGUACGCUCAUUAAUGCUGUUCUUGAACACAACUUUAACAUUGGCAUGCAGAGCCGACAUAUAAAUCCUGCACUGCAUUUCAACAAAAUGGUGGCAGUAAAUAAUAAAGGGCCCACCUGGUUCAGUGAAGUUUUUCUUAUCCAGCCAUAUCCUCACAGAGAUCCUAGAUACGUGAGUAAACAGAAAGCUGUAUCUGCCACGCAAAAAAAUGAAAGGAAGGAAACAAUCAGAAAAAGACAGUUGGCACUGCAAACAAAGAAGGAACAUUUGCACAGAAAAAACGAGGUCUUCCAAUUGCCAUCUGUGUUUGAAUGCAAAGCGUCAAAAGAAUCUGUGCAAGAGAGACAAGAUAAGAAAAGUGCAAAAUUUACUCUGGAUGAAAUGGACAUGACAACAAAUGAAGAAUGUAGACCUGUUCAGCAAUUGCAAUACCUUUCAGACGUCAAUCGCGCCCAUUUUCUUGAUGUCAGAACUUACAAGGCUCUUUGGAUGGAUAAAGGGGGCACAACGUCCCCAAAAGAUCCUGGGACAAUAAUGCAGAUGACUGGGGGUCCAGUAAGUAGAGGUUGUGACAGUCGUCUCCAGGGAAACAUACAGAUCAAAGAGGAGGAAGAUUAUUCACAUUAUGGCGCUAUGACACCAGAACCAGUUACUGAGGGAAUAGGUAAACCUGGGGGAUCCCUUGAAUAUGCUUUAACCAUAUGUCCAAACUCUGAAAGCCAUAUAAAAACAGAAUCAGAAACAGGGGAUACCCAGCGUUACAACCUGGCUGAACCACAAGUAUCUGAAGGAUAUGCUAUACUAGCUGUAUGUACAAACACUGAGAGCAGUGUGAAAACUGAAUCGGACACUGAGGGUGUGUAGUCCCAGUUGAAGCAUCAGGGAUACUCCAUGAUAACCAUAUGUCAGGUCACUGAGAGUACAUUGAUGUAAACAUUACAUAUUUACACUUACAUAUAUUGUAAGUUUUACUGGUUUUGUUUUAAAAGGAAUAGCUGCUUACUGUUGGGGAUCACAACAUGUAAAUUAAAAAUAAGUUGUCAUUUGUUUAACAUGUGAUGCUAAUCUACAUGCAUAGUGUCAGUGCUUGAAAUAAUAUUAAUAAACUCCAUAAGACACUAUAAAAGGGAAAGUGACUUCAA